GCCUCUGCCAUCUACUGACAUCAGUUAGUAUUGAAAUACAAGUACAAUUUUUGAUGUUCCAUAGUUUUGGAGAAGUUAGGUGCAAUUGUUUUAAAGUUUUGUUAAUUGAAUCCCUUAUCUGUCAUGUUGUCAACACAUCUGUGUUUUAAAGGAUUUCUGAGCAGUGUGUUUGUGUGUGUGCGUGCGUGCAUUUUGUGUGUGUGUGUGUGUGUGUGUGUGUGUGUAUGUGUGUGUGCGUGCAUUUGUGUAUGUGUGCGCAUGUGUGUGUGUAUGUAUGUGUAUGUAUACAUGUGUUCGUGUGUACGUGUGCGCAUGUGUGUGUGUGCGCGCCUGUGUGAGUGUGUGUAUGUGCGUGUAUGUGUGUCUGCAUGUGUGUGUGUGUGUGUGCGUGUGUAUGUGUGUCUGCGUGUGUGUGCGUGUGUUUGUGUGUGUGUGUGUGUGUGUGUGUGUGUGUUUUUGUAUUUUUCAGGUGUUCUGAGCCAGACGGGAUGGGGAGUGACUUACACCCCUGAGGGAAUCUGUGCCUUAAAGGGGUCUUCAGUAGACAUGAGCUGCUCUUACUCAAAUCCCACAUCUCACACAGUGCAGAAAACAUUCUGGUUUAUUCACUGGAACAAGCCACAGGAGCCUGAGGACCUGUCCAAGGACCCAGAGUAUUCUCACCGUGUGGAGUACCUGGGGAAUCAGAACAAUGACUGCACUUUCAGAAUAAACCAACUGAGAGAAACUGAUUCAAAAACAUACAGAUUCAGGUUCCUGAAUGAAUGUGAUCGAUAUACUGGAGAAACUGGUGUCGCGUUGGAAGUCACUGGUAAUUAUUUUAUGCUAUAAACUCAGAGGAUUCUCUACCCACAAGUAUGACUGGUAGCUUUAUUACAGGUUUAAUUUGCUAUUUGCAGAUCUACAGGUGAUGCUGAAUCCUGACACAGUCACAGAGGGACGGAGUGUGAUACUGACCUGUAGCACCACCUGCACUCUGACUGGCAGCCCAGCCUUCAUCUGGUACAGGGACGGAGCUCCUCUGCCCUUCACUGGUCAGAGUCACCAGUUCAGAGCCAGCAGUGAAGACCGAGGCAGCUACACCUGUGCUGUGAAAGGCUAUGAGCUUCAUUCCCCUGCAGUGGCUCUUAAUGUGAGAUAUCCUCCUAAGGGCACCUUAGUAUCAGUGACCCCCUCUGAUGAAAUAGUGGAGAACAAUUCAGUGACUCUGACCUGCAGCAGCGAUGCCAGCCCACCAGUGCACAGAUACACCUGGUAUAAGAAUAAUAGAGCUGAAUCCUCAUGGAGAGGAUCCAUUUACACCAUUAAAAGCAUCACACAGCAGGAUGCAGGAGAAUACACCUGUCUGACAGGGAAUGGGAUUGGGACAGACAUCUCACCUCCUAAACGUCUUGAUGUGCAGUAUCCUCCGAAGAACGUCUCAGUAUCAGUGAGCCCAUCUGGUGAAAUAGUGGAGGGCAGUUCAGUGACUCUGACCUGCAGCAGCAGUGAUGCCAACCCACCAGUGCAGAACUACACCUGGUAUAAGAAUAAUAGAACUAUAUCCCCAUGGGGAGGAUCCAGUUACACCAUUAAAAGCAUCACACUGCAGGAUGCAGGAGAAUACUACUGCGCGGCAGGGAAUGGGAUUGGGAGGAAGAGAUCUUCUCCUAAACUUCUUGAUGUGCAGUGUGAGUAUAUCAGUGCAUCUCAGCUUCAUACACACAGAGCAGAGAGUCAGUAUCUCCUGAGUGUCUUUGGGUAACUUCACAGCAGUAAGACACUGAGUAAAGCAGU